AUGGACGGACCUGUUUCGACCAGACUGACUCUAGUGGUUUUCUUCCUCAGCUGGGGCUGCUAUGCCGAUGAGGAUAUAGAUGUUCUGCCUUGUGCAGAGAACCAGGAGGGGUUUGACGGCUCUUGCUAUGAGUUUGUGAAUCUCCAGCGAUCCUUUCUUAGUGCUCAAGAAUGGUGCGAACGUGGAGGGGGGCACCUCGCCUUCAUCCUGAACGAUGAAACGCAGCAGUUCCUUCAGAAGCACUUGGAGCCAGAGAGGGACUGGUGGCUUGGAUUGGCACCUGCAGCUGCAAACCUCACGCUUGACUCUGAAGCCUCUGCAGGUUCUCUUGCAUGGCUGGAUGGCUCAGAUAUCAGCUAUAGUAACUGGAAGAACACGCCUGAUUCUCCAGCAGGCUGUGGACAUAUUUUGAGACUUUCAGGUUUCCAGUGGGAAGCCACAGAAAACUGUAGCCAGGAACUAAACUUCAUCUGCCAGUUUGAUUUUGGAAAAUCCAUUUCCUGCAAUGGUCAAAAUGCCACUCUACAGUGUGGUUCCGGUCAGGUUAUAGAGAUUGAUGACAGCUUCUAUGGUCGAAAAACAGUUCACUACUGCCGAACCAAACUUGCCACCUCACCCACACCCUCUCAGGAAGAAUGCAGCUGGAUAGACGUGGUAGAUUCUGUUACAGCUCAUUGCCAUGGACUGCAGACUUGCCAGGCUCCUGUGAAUCUGAGCUCUGUCGGUGAACCGUGUCCUUUGCUGGGAAGUUACCUGUCUCUAGAAUACCACUGCAAACAUGGGCUUCACUUGCUGAUGAGCAAACUGGCUGCCGUCUUUGAUAACGUUACCAUCACCGUGAAGUGGCUCCUCCAUCCAUUUCAGGGGAACUUAACGUGCUCAGUGACAGCUGGAGACGGCCACACCAUAGAUCCAUACAACCCAGAAGAGAUGGAGAGCACAAUCAUACACAAAUACACUCAUCCUGGUGUUUUCACAGUCACGGUUGAAUGCAAAACCAGUGAAUGGCAUAUCACUGCUCAGAAAGUGAUCACCAUUCAGGAGCCUGUAGGAGAGUUCAGUGGAAUCAAGUGCUACGGCACAAAUAUGUCAACAGGUGACACUAAAUGCAAUGCACUUUACGGCGAGCUUGUUUUGAUCCAGCUCAGUGUGGAGGCAGGUACGAAUGUUUCCUACAAAAUCUACCGUGAGGAUUCCCCGGUUGCAAACAUCUCAGCAGAUAGAGGGAUUACACCCAUUAACGUUACACUGGAUGCAAGCGUGGCGGAAAAACUUGGACAGGGCUGCCACAAUUUAACCCUCACUGCCUCAAACAAGGUCACAGCACAGCCGGUGUCUGCUGAUCUGGAACUGUGCCUGCUGAAGCCGGUUGACGGCCUGCAGGCGUCCGUGGUGGCAGAGGACCGUAAGUGUCCAGACUCCGCUAAUCUCACCAUUGGAGUCUCAUUGGAGCACGGAGCCCCCGUGAGGCUUCUCUUUACCCUCACCGGAGCCACAGACACACUGUCCGAGACCAGAGAAAUGCUCAAUGGGACUUUACAAAUGUACACAUUCUCCAGUCCACUCGAAGGAUCUUUUAAAGUGGAGAUACGAGCCAUAAACACCAUUUCAUCUGCUGAUGUGGAGGUGGACUUAGAGAAGAUACGUCAGGCUUGCCAGAAUUAUACCUCAAAUACAACAGGCAAUAUGAGUAUCAACAACUCCUCUGGCUUGAAAAUAAUUGCAACCCCUGAGUCUGUGGUUGACGACUCUCAGAAUGUCACACUGACGGCAACUGUAGGCGAAACAUUACCCAGUCAAGGACUUGCAUUUGAAUGGAAAUGUGACGGUGAAUGCAAAUGCAGAAACAAAACCGAAGGCGAAACUCAUGUCAUUGAAAAAACCUGCCUUCCCAGUCCUUUUGAAAUGUUCAACUACACUUUAACUGUGAGGAAAAGAGCGUGGUUCAGGAGAUGGCCCGACCUCGCUUCAGCCUCCAAGUGCAUCUCUGUCGCUCCUCCAGAAGAAUUUACGAAUGUAACAAUCAGCUGUGAAAGUUGCACAUCAGUGAACGUGAGCGGUGACGUGAAGUUGAAACUGAGCUGUGAGACGACCUGCCCAGAUGUUAUUUGGUAUAUUGAGGAUCUCAAACCCUUAACAGAUAACUUUGAAUGUUACACCAAAGCAGGAAGAAAGCCUCCCAUUGAGAAGCAGGAUGGGAACAUUGAGUAUUCUGUCCACAGCCAACUUCUAAAAGUUUCAAGGGACAAGAAGGAAAACAUCACUGUUUAUGCUUAUGGCAAGAAUGUCCCUGGUUUUGCCAAGUAUGUUCUUCCAGUUCCGGAUCCUGAGCCCAGUGGACCUCCUGAGCUCUCCUGCAGCAUUUCUCCACCGUCAGGAACUGUGCUUGAUGCUUUCAACAUCACCUGCAAAGAAACUUCUUUCUGCUCCACAGGAUGUGUUUAUUGCUUCAAAACCAACACAGGCAAACAUCUGCGAUGCAGCAACGCAAAUGACGUGAAAUCUGUCUUCUUACCUCUCGGGGACGAAAACAGCAAUUACAGUUUGUCGGUUGUGGUGACUGUGAAAAAUGAUCAUGAUAAAGCCUCUACAACUGUCACCGCUCAGGUACGAAAAAGUGACUCCAGUGCUUCAGUAGUGACUCUCCAGACUGCAGUGGAGGAUACUGUUAAUCAGUUAGAGCAGCAGGGGCUUCUCUCCGGGGAGACACUUGGACAAAUAUUCACUUCGGUUUCUGAUAUGCUGAAUACAAAGGAAGACCAGGACCAAAAGGAUGCCCGGUCAAAGCUCAGAGAGCAAAUGCUAACCAAAAUGAAUUCAGUCCUGCUGGAGUCCCCCAGCAACACGACGCAGGAAGUGCAAGUGACGGCCAGAGCCGUGGCCGGACUCACCCAGCGCUCGGACGAGCUCAGUCCUGCCGCCCAGGAGGAAGCGAGUUCACUGUUGGCAGACCUCAGCUCCUCCCUCAACACCAUCAUUGUUGGUCAUCAGAGUAGAGAAGAAGAGGAAGUCGCUGAAGCAGCGACGCCAAUAGUCGAAGCAGCCAGUAAUAUUCUCAACGUUUCAUCCAAUAAAAAAGUGUCUGAUUUUCUUCUGACCGGAAUAAACAACGUCCAAAGUGCUUUGCUGAAUAAUAGAAAGCUGGACAGAGAGCCAGCCAUCAUAGACUCUGGUCAGAUCAGUGUGUAUGUAAACAGAAUAUCUCCAGGAGCCAUGCAAAUGCAGGAUAUAAAUGUCCAGAAGAACAGCUCCUCCAGAUUUUCCUUCCCCACACUGCCUGCUGAUAUUGUCUCCCCAGAGGAUCCGGUGGAUGUCAGAAUGAUGAGUUUUGAGAAGAAUCCAUAUUCUUGGAGGGAAGACAACAUCACAGGAACUGUAGGAUCUGUGUCCCUCACCAGAGCCGAUGGCUCCGUCAUUCCUGUGGAAAACCUGCCUGAAGAGAUUGAGAUUCUUCUGCCAAGACUAGACGUGGGGCAGCAGAGCAGCACAGUCCUGGACCUCGCCAAUUUCAGUACAUUAAUAAUUGACGUCCCGUCGCCGGACGUCACGCUGGUGCUGAAAAUGGAGCCUUCCGAAGACAUUUCCUUCAUGCUAUUCCUGGGAUACAAAGACUAUCCAAAUGAUAAAAAUCAUGUAGCCAAGAUUCAGAUGCCUUUAGAGAACACAAAAGAAGAGGAAAAACUCACUUGGAUCCUAAGUCCCAAAGACAGAACAGGAGAUGUUGGAGUGCAUUACCUUGUCAUGAAGCCCAUCGUGGAGCCCGGCAUCAAAACUGUCAACGCCACGGUCACUGUCAGCACCAUCGCUGCCCAGUGCAAAUACUGGAACGAAACUGCAUCUUCCUGGAGUGAAGACGGUUGCAGGGUUGGUCCGCUCACCACGCCUCUGGUCACUCAGUGUCUGUGUAACCACCUGACGGUUUUUGGCAGCUCUUUCUUCGUCAUGCCAAACUUGGUGGAUGUGUCACGCACUGCUGAACUUUUUGCCACAUUCACUAACAAUCCCGUGGUGGUGUGUUUUGUGGGGGCUAUUUUUGUUGCCUAUCUAAUGGUGGCCAUAUGGGCACGCAGGAAGGACAUCCAGGACUCAGCUAAGGUCAAGAUAACAGUGCUUGAGGACAAUGACCCUUUGGCUGAAUAUCGUUACAUGCUGAGCGUUAGCACCGGGCACCGGCAUGGUGCAUCAACUUCCUCCCAGGUAACCAUAACUCUGCUCGGUACCGAGGGAGAAAGUGAGCCCCACCACCUGACUGACUCUGAGAAGCCUGUGUUUGAGAGGGGCGGGCUGGAUAUGUUCCUGCUGACCACACACUUUUCUCUGGGAGACCUUCAGAGCAUCAGACUGUGGCACGACAACUCAGGAGAUCACCCGGCAUGGUAUGUCAACAAAGUGAUGGUGCAGGAUUUGGAGAGCGGGCAGAAGUGGCACUUUCUGUGUAACUCUUGGUUGGCUGUAGACGUCGCAGAGUGCGCUCUCGAUAAGGUCUUCCCAGUAGCAACAGAGACUGAUUUGAAAAGAUUUAGCAAUUUGUUUUUCAUGAAAACAGCCAAGGAUUUCCGUGACGGCCACAUCUGGUUCUCGGUCAUUAGUCGGCCUCCCUGCAGCACUUUCACCCGUGUGCAGCGAGUGUCGUGCUGUUUUUCCCUUCUGCUCUGCACAAUGCUGACCAGCAUCAUGUUUUGGGGAAUUCCCACUGAUCCCUCUGAGCAGACCAUGGACCUGGGUCACAUCGAGUUUACUUGGCAGCAGGUUAUGAUCGGAAUUCAAAGUUCGAUCAUUAUGUUUCCCAUCAAUCUCCUGAUUGUGAGCAUCUUCAGAAACACACGUCCUCGAGAGAAAAGCACUAAAACAGAUGCUUCAAAACAAGGGAAAACCGUUCGAGUUUCCCCAUCACAGACUUCCUCUCCUCAGAAGGAGCUGAAGGACAUUACGCCAGACACUGUGAUCAAGGACAUAAAGAGAAUUGCUCAGUCCCUUUCAAAAGCAAUGAAGAGCCCACUGCCUCAUUUAGAGCUGCGUCCGGGCCAGCAGGCUGAUAUCAACACUCUGCUGGCUCUGGUGGAGGACAUCAUCAAACAGCAGAACCGGGCAGCCGGAGACUUCUACACUGAUUCCUCAAAGACGGACCGCUCCAUGAUCCUCAGCUUAGGUGCAGUUAAUCUGCAAGAAGACAGCACGUGGGGGAGCCCUGAGAAGACCUCAGAUGAAGCUCAGAAGAAAACUAACAACAACCGCUACCUGUACAGACAGCUGCUUCACGUGGAGAAGGAGCUCAGUCUGUUGGGACCUUCUCGUUUUCCAAAGUCAGACAGCUACAACCGGGCCGUGCAGCAGGUUCAGGGAAUGAAAGAUCUUCUGGAGUACCACCUGCCUUUAUCCAGCCUGGACAGGAACCAGCUCGCUCGCAGCCCCAGUCCAGAGGGAAGCAUCAGUGGAAGCGCCAGCAGGAAGAAGUGCUGCCAGGGAGGGCUGCCGUGGUGGUUCGUGUUCAUUGGCUGGAUACUGGUGAUCGCAACCAGCGGUGUGUCGGGAUACUUCACGAUGAUGUACGGGCUGACUUACGGCAAAGACCGUUCAAUCAGCUGGCUCAUCUCCAUGGUGGUGUCUUUCUUUGAGAGUCUCUUUAUCACACAACCUCUGAAGGUCCUUGGCUUUGCUGCUUUCUUUGCUCUUGUUCUCAAAAAAGUUGACCAAGAGGAGUUUGGGGAACCUCAGAUAGAUGAAAGCCUCAGAAAUCCAGAUGAUCCUGAUGCAAUGCGGGCAGCGAGAAGAGACAGCACCUGUAGCUUCUAUCAACCACCACCCCCUACUGACAUUGAGAAGCUACGGAGCAACAUGAUUAAAGAGCAGAAAGUCUUUGCCCUCAUAAGAGAGAUUCUCGCUUACAUGGGAUUCAUGUGGAUGUUGCUCCUGGUGGCCUACGGUCAGAGGGACCCCAACGCUUUCUUCCUGACGCAACACAUUCGUCAGAGCUUCAGCAAAGGGAUCUCAGACACCAUGAGCAUUCAGGAUGUGUUCAACUGGGCAAACACAACCCUUGUAGGCAAUCUUUUUGGAGAAUAUCCAGGAUUUAUCACAGAUGGAAACUCGAAGCUGGUUGGUAACGCACGCAUCCGCCAGGUGAGGGUGCAGAAAAACUCCUGCCGCGUCCCUCAGUCCAUGCAGCAUUCCGUGCCGGACUGUCACGCUCCUUAUUCAUGGGAAGUGGAGGACAAAGGCUCCUACAGCCCAGGCUGGAAUCGCGUGGUGGGCAACAACACUUCUGCAAACUUCCACAGCCUGUGGACAUACAAGUCUCAGAGUAAACUGAGAGCAUACCCCAUCUGGGGAAGCGUGAAGCUUUACAGAGGCGGAGGUUUUGUAGUGGAUCUGGGGCCCGAUUUAGAAAAUUCCAGCAGAAUCAUUCAAUACCUUUAUGACAACAAAUGGUUCGACGUGUACACCCAGGCCAUCUUCAUCGAGUUCACUGUGUACAAUGCUAACGUCAACCUCUUCUGCAUUGCCACGCUCAUGCUGGAGACCACAGCCAUAGGAGCUUUCCAGUUCCGCAGCGAGCUUCAGAGUGUGCGUCUCUAUCAGUCGACCGGAGGACUUCACAUCUUUGUCAUGGCCUCUGAAGCCAUCUACUUUCUCUUUGUCAUCUAUUACAUGUUUGUUCAGGGAAAGCUGAUGAGGACACAAAAAUGGGCUUAUUUCAAGAGUAAGUGGAAUCUGCUGGAAUUGGCAAUCAUCCUCCUCAGCUGGAGUGCGCUGUCUGUCUUUAUCAAGAGGACUUUACUGGGAAACAGGGACAUGAAUUACUACCAGAACAACAAAGAUCAAUAUGCCAGUUUCCAUGAGACGGCCAAGGCCGACGCAGUGCUUGGGUAUCUGAUUGCUUUCUUGGUACUGCUGGCUACAGUCAAGCUGUGGCACCUGCUGAGACUGAACCCCAAGCUGCACAUGAUCACGGCCACGCUGCAGCGGGCCUGGGCUGAUAUUUCAGGUUUCCUGGUGGUCAUGACAAUCAUGUUCCUGGCCUACUCCAUUGCUUCCAACCUGAUGUACGGGUGGAAGCUGUAUUCCUAUCGGACACUGCUUGAUUCUGCACUGACCAUGAUCAGCUUGCAACUUGGCAUUUUUAACUAUGAAGAGGUUUUGAACUAUAAUCCUGUCCUCGGUGCAUUCCUCAUCGGCUCCUGCAUUGUGUUCAUGACGUUUGUAGUGCUGAACCUCUUCAUCUCUGUCAUUCUGGUGGCAUUCAGUCAAGAGCAGAUACAUCACAAGCCUUCAGAAGAGGAUGAGAUUGUGGACAUGAUGUUGAUGAAGCUCUGCAGCUUGUUUGGACUCAAGUGUAAGAAACAAGAGGACAACGUCCAAACUGAGAAACCCCCCGUUUCAUCUAACCCAAAUACUAAGAUGUCAACAAUUUCCUCUGGGAUUAUUUAUGAAGGAUGAUUCAUUGGUUUAUAGUGAAAUAGAGAGUUAAUGUA